AAUACAAAAAUUAUCAGACGUCUGCUAACUUCAGUAUCAUUAAUAAUAGUGUUUCAAAAAUAAAAAAAAAUUAAAUAUUUUCAAAUUUGGAUUUUUUAUAAUAAAAACAUAUUUUUAUUUGAAAAAUAUUAAUAAUUAUUUGGAAACGAAGACAUAAUAACAGAUGGAGAACGAAAAAAAUGGAAUUUCGAUGGUUACCAAUAUACCGUAAAAACUCAGCACAAAGAUACAAACUUUAAAUAUUUUGGCGCUAAAACGAAAAUACGUUGAAGCCUGAAUAUUUCGCCGACCCUAUUUGUUUACGUAUAAUUGAACUCAAUGAACUUACACACUUUAUACAUAUAACAGAAAUUAUAAAACAUAACAAAAGAGAGUUUAAAGAAAAGAUAUUUAUACUUUUUAAUUAAAAAAUUGAAAAAUGUCUGUGAAUACCUUUAAUUUUUUCCAUUCCUCUGGAAACGUCACUAAAAACGAAUUAAAUAAACUGAAUGAUCCAAUGGCGAUGUUACAUCCAACCAAAGCAUCGUCAAUCUUUACCUCGAAAUCAUUCACGUCGGCUGGUGUGAAAUCAAAAGGAUUAAGUAUUCGAUCUCAAUCUGAUCUAAAUAUUGGGAUCACACAAUCAGUUAAAUCGUCUCUGAAAGCUGGUGAUGCUAAAAAAAAUCUGCUUACUCCUCACCAUGAUAAAGUAUCCAAGGUCAUACGUAAAAAGCAGCAACAAGGAUUGUCACCGACUUCAAAGUCACCACACUCAUUAAUCCGUGAUAAAAAUAAAAUAAACGAAGAUAUAUUCAAAAAACCAUUGACACCGAGACCAAUUAUCGAUAAAAAAGUUUAUCCCGAGCCAGAAAAUUUAGCUGGUUAUUAUAAUUACGAAGACAACUACAAUCAGAUGUUGAUUGGAACUCGUGCGCUUGAUAAAGAAGCCAAAGAAUUUUCUGCUGCUAUUCGAAAACCUCAGAAACCGAUAAUUCCUUAUGAAGAUGAUGUGGUUCCUACAGUUCCAUAUAUAAAGCAAAGCCCUCCUCCAAUUUUCGUCAGCGACGACAUCGUCCUUUCAGAUGUUGAUCUUCCAACUCUGUCCGAUGAUGAAGAUUAGAAAUAAUAAUUAAAUUUUAACUAAUGAUUAAUUCCACAUAUCAAUCUUGUCAUUUAUAUCUUCUAAUUAUCUAUUAUUAUUUUUCUAUCAGUAUUUUAAUUUAAUUUAUCUUAUUAAUGCUCUAUUUUAAUUAAAAUAUAAUUAAUUAAAAAUUAUUUGUAACUAUGGAUCGUUGAGCAAAAAAUUUAAAUCAAUAAAUUCUGUUAUAAAUUUUAUAA